AUGGCAACAUCGGCAACAUCCACAAGAUAUCAACUCGGCCUCCUACUAACAAAUCUCAUCGUCUCCGUAGUAUUAAACUAUGCCCAUGCAAGAGGUCAUCAUCCUGGGAGACAACAGAGAUUACACGGUGCAUUACACGGUGCUCCAGCUGAUGCGGUUGACAGACACCAGUUUAUAAGCGAACACAAUGCUGUUCGAGCAAAAUUUAGUGAAGAGCCAUUGACAUGGAACAGUACUUUAGCACGUUACGCAAGAAGAUUCGCGUCCCAGAGAGCCGGGGACUGUGACAUGAUCCAUUCUAAUGGUCCUUUUGGUGAAAACAUCUUUUGGGGUGGCAAAUAUGAAGAUUAUUCGGCUGCUUACGCUGUCAAGAGUUGGGCAGCUGAAACAGCAUCUUAUAAUCCGUCGCUUAAUUCUUGUCAAAUGAAUGCAAUGUGUGGACACUUUACACAAAUUGUCUGGACGACUACUAAAAGGAUGGGAUGCGCACGCGUCAAAUGCAACAAUGGAGGUGUUUUUGCGAUUUGUGUUUACGAUCCUCCCGGUAAUUUUGAAGGUGAAAAUCCUUUCACUAGUGUACCCGAAAUAGGAGGAAUAACAACGGAGUCAUAUUCUGGUGAGGUUAAAUUAGCACAGGAUACCAAGACUAGCCAAAAGCCGAUAUUUACAGUCAACAACAUCUUGCCAGCACUAACUCCAGUGAAAAAUGCAGCAGCACCCGCUCAACAAGCAUCCAUUGCAUCCCUAUUGGGCAAUGCACCAGCACCUGCUCCACAAGCAUAA